AUGUUGCUCGGUUGGCUGCUCGUCGCAUGCGCCCAGGGCGUAUGGGCGAACACUCCCAAAGACGAGCUGUGCGUCACCGCUGUGUUCUCGGCAUACAACUACAUCUCAUUUGCCGGGACUCCGCCCAAGCCGUUGUGGCAUUCGCGAUGCCGCAACGCACUCAAGGUCACCUCCAUAUAUGCCGCGUCGGAGGUAUACUGCAGUGAGCAAGCGCGUGCACAAGGUCUGGCCGAACUGGCGGAUCAGUGCCGAGAGUUCGGACAUGAGGAGCUGCUAUCGAGGGAUGAGGUUGCGGAAAAUUUGACGGAGGAUGCGAUUCGGAAUAUGAGGAGAGUCGACUAUCUGGAGUUAUCACGAGCUGAUCCCGUCGAUGUUCCGGUUCUUCUGUCGGCGACUUAUUAUGAUCUGAUGUUCAAUACGCUUGAUUCUUGGGAAUAUGUUUCCUGGGCACAUCAUGCAUUCGGAUAUCUUGGCUACGCGUACUGGGGGAUCAUCUUGUCACUGGGCAUGAUAUCCCGAUUAUGCAUUUGGGCAUUCCAUCGCCGGCGAAGCCCAAAGGAAAGAUCACUUGAGUCAAACGUGUACCCUUUCGUUGGGACCCUGGAGAAGCUCCCACUGGUGGGAACAUGUCUCCACUGGAUCCAAACCCAUAUCAUGAUUCCGGCACCGUUGGCAACCCGGAAAUGCAUCCUAGGCUUCACAUUCUCCACCAGAGCCGAAGCACUGAUUGUGCUGGGAUUUUGGGUGCUGAGCAUAGUACUCAGUGUGGUCGGCUAUCGGACCUUUCCAGACAAUAUCUAUUGGCCUGAUAUCCCCAGCCAGCUGUUGCGAUACUCCGCAGAUCGUACAGGCAUCAUGUCAUUUGCAAAUUUUCCACUUGUAUGGCUCUUCGGUGGCCGAAACAAUAUCUUCAUGUGGGCGACUGGGUGGAGUUUCGCGUCGUUCAAUAUAUUCCAUCGACAUGUCGCUAGAGUGGCUACACUACAGGCGGUGGUGCACUCAGUAUUAUACAUUGUCAUGUACAUUCAAGCAAACACGCUAUGGAAAGGCUUGUCCAAAGCCUAUGUUUUAUGGGGCAUAUUGGGGACAGCAGUGAUGGUUCUGCUAUUGAUCACUUCAUUGGAUCGAAUUCGCAUUGCGACAUAUGAGCUCUUUUUGAUUGCCCAUGUCGUGCUUUCAGUGCUUACACUCGUUGGGUGUUUCUACCAUACUAUCAUCUUCGAAGGACACGAAUAUUGGCAGUAUCUAUGGCCUUCGACGACAAUAUGGGUUGCAGAUCGCUUCCUGCGGAUUGUGCGGCUUUGCUAUUGCAACCUCCAUGUGAGCAUUUCAAAUAAAAGGCUGGUCAAGUCUUCUGCGACGCGAAUGGCCUAUGACAAAGCAGCCGACGUGGUACGAAUGGAGAUCACCCCGGCUACACCGUUGUUGCAGCCUUCACCUGGACAGUAUUUUUUCCUGUAUCAGCCAUUCCGGCUAACUGGAUGGGAAAGUCACCCGUUCACAAUUGGAGCAUGGCAUUAUGAAGCAGGGGACAUGACUUCGUUGGCAGCAGCACUCACGCAGAAUUUAAACAACACCCAGGAUGUGUCCCAUGUACCUCUUCUUGCGGGCGGGUCAAAUGACACAGAAUACCAACACAAUUGGGCCAAAGAUGCCACGAAAGACACCAAAUCAAUGGAACUGAAGAUGAUCUUCUGGGUCCGACCGUACGACGGAUGGACACGCGAGCUGCGCCAGCAAUGUCUACGCUCACCGAAUCUCACAACCAACACAACCGUGCUACUCGAAGGUCCUUAUGGCGAUACCUUCCCUUUAUGGCGAUACGAAUCAGUGUUGAUCAUCGUCGGGGGAACAGGGAUCGCAUCCGCCGUCCCCUACAUCCAAGAUCACCUCCGUCGCUCCGACGAAGGGGACGAAAACCCCGAAAAUGAGAAAACUCGUGUGCGCGACAUCGAGCUGGUCUGGACCACCAAGCAAGCAGCCUUCAUUCACGACGUAUCACGUCGCGAAUUAAAACCUGCUUUGGCUCGAAAUGACUUUAGCGCCUCAUUCUACGCUACUCGUGAUUCAACCGCAUGUGAAGAUCUUAACAAUUGCGGAUACGAAGUCCAGGGAGGUCGUCCCCACCUCCAAUCCCUGAUUAUGAGUCGAGCUUGCGAUGCGUCUUCGGCGGACUCAAGUCUGGCCAUUCUCGUAUGCGGUCCGUCCGGAAUGGCGGAUGAGGCGCGCGCUGCGACUCAUCUUGCUAUGAGACAGGGUCACCGCUCUAUCAAGUUUGUCGAGGAGUCUUUUACGUGGUGA